UUUAAUAAAGGCCCAAAAAUUCAUCACUUAAGCAUCACUUUCUCCUCUUCUUAUUGAACAAGUUUGUUUUUCUUCAUCUCUUUCUUCUUCUUCAUCAUCAUCAUCACACGCUCGCUUCUAAAUCUUCAACCAUGGUGCUCGAGGCGACUAUGAUCUGUAUUGACAAUUCUGAAUGGAUGCGUAACGGAGAUUAUUCUCCUUCUCGAUUUCAAGCUCAAGCUGAUGCUGUUAAUCUCAUUUGCGGUGCUAAGACUCAGUCGAAUCCGGAAAAUACAGUUGGAGUUCUUAUAAUGGCAGGAAAGGGUGUUCGUGUUUUGGUCACGCCUACUAGUGAUCUAGGCAAGAUAUUGGCUUGCAUGCAUGGACUAGAAAUAGGCGGUGAGAUGAACCUAGCUGCUGGUAUUCAGGUGGCACAAUUGGCUCUUAAGCAUCGUCAAAAUAAAAAGCAACAUCAAAGGAUUAUUGUCUUUGCUGGAAGUCAUGUCAAGCAUGAAAAGAAAAUGUUGGAGAUGAUAGGGAGAAAGUUGAAAAAGAAUAGCGUAGCGCUUGAUGUAGUUAAUUUUGGCGAAGAAGAUGAAGCAAAGACUGAGAAGCUGGAAGCACUUGUUGCAGCUGUGAACAAUAAUGAUACGAGCCAUAUCGUUCAUGUUCCAGCUGGCCCAAAUGCUCUGUCUGAUGUACUUAUAAGUACACCAAUUUUCACUGGCGAUGGAGAAGGUGGAAGCGGUUUUGCCGCUGCUGCAGCGGCAGCUGCAGCUGGGGGUGGAACUGGAUAUGAUUUUGGUGUGGAUCCAAACUUGGAUCCUGAAUUGGCUCUUGCCUUAAGAGUUUCAAUGGAAGAGGAAAGAGCCAGGCAGGAAGCUGCAGCAAAAAAGGCCGCGGAGGAUGCUGCCAAACAAGAGAAAGGAGGCUCACAAGAUGCGACAAUGACCGAGGGUGCCAGUGCAUCAACUUCUGAAGCAGAGAAUAAGACAACUGAUUUGAUGGAUGAUGAGAAUGCCCUACUGCAGCAGGCGCUUGCAAUGUCAAUGGAUGACCCUGCGGUUGGCCAUGAUGUAAGAGAUACAGAUAUGUCAGAAGCAUCUACAGAUGACCCUGAGCUGGCACUAGCUCUCCAAUUGUCAGUAGCGGAUAGUACUGGGGAUCAAGCAAGCCAGUCAGACGUGACUAGAUUGUUGGCAGAUCAAUCCCGUGUAUCUGAUAUUCUUGCGUCGCUUCCCGGGGUUGACAUAAAUGACCCUUCCAUCAAAGAUUUGCUGGCAUCCAUUCCAAAUCAAUCUGAGCAGCAGAAGAAUGAUGACAAGCCAUCAAACGAGGAGAAGAAAUAAUCUUUUAAAACCACUUUGGUUGUGUAAUUUUUAUCUGUUUCCCUUUUAGACGUACUGGUAACAUUUUAGAUAUGGGCGUUCCGAUCGGGGUACUAUUUUCAUGUAAUCAAUCACUGUCCUCCGUAUCUGCUCGGAACCCAGUGCAUGCCUAUCGAUUGAGCUUGGACUUUUAGCUUAAAAAUGCUCUUGAUUGUGAUAUCAUAAGUAAUGAUGUUGAUCAAUAUAAUGCUCUAUGAGAAGGAGGGGUCUAAAGGACUUGGCUAUUUGAAUGUACUUAAAUGUCAUGUUAUCUACGAUAAUCUGUUAAAUACAAUAAUUUGUUUUUAUUGGUUCAAUAACCAACA